GUUUCCUGAAAACUGCAUCAAUCGGUUAAUUCUAUUUGAACAAGCUGCACUUGUUGUCUCUGUUGAUUCACUACUCCGGAAUUCAAUUUUCAACGAUGAAAUUGACUAUGUUGUUGGUAUCAGCUGUGCUGAUAGUUGGCGCAUUUGCACAAAAGCCGACAAGUAAAAGACCUUCACUCCAUCAAAGAAAAUCAGCUUUCCUUCAACGUUCCAAGCCUCGUCAGAACCCUAACAGUCCAGUACCUCAGGGUAAACGUGUCGAAUACGUUUACUGUGAUCCCCGAUCCCCUCCAACAUGCGUGAAAAGUCUGAACGAAACGUUUUGUUUGAAAGACGUCGACUACCCGGAAAAAGACAUCAAAUACUACAUCGAAUACGACCCAUUGGUGGGGAAGAAACACGCCGAUAUUGGAGUCCAAUCUGCAGAUAAUUUGGUGGAUGGCGUCACGUCUUUAGAAGAGAAACACUUUGAUUAUUCGCUGUACAAUGGCAGUCCAUUUUCUAGGGGCCACUGGGUCGGAGGCGAUGGAUACAUUUGCCCCAGUGACGUCCUUUACGUUCGCCCUAAACGAGCAUUAAACGUUGAAGGAGAAUGGCGAGUGAUUGUGCAAGACAAUUACACUCAAACUCAACGUUUCGAAACGUGUCUAUUUCCCGGCGCUUCUUGCCGCACUAUAGCCCCUUGCUACCGCACAAAAUGCGUGCAAAAAUACAUUUACCAUCGCAUGUUGUCCUACGAUCCGUGCGAUGUCACCAAAGGUUUGUUCAUCGACAUUUACAAAUUUCCGUCGGCCUGCUCGUGUCACACACCCAAAAGAUUUUACUAAAAAGAAAAAAAAAACCGGCCAAUGGCGUCCGCCAGGCGGUAAUUAUAGUUACCACUAUUUUUUACCUGUCACCUGUUACUUGUAAACUCCUUUGCAAGGAAUUUUCCACUCGUCCUUAACCCGCCAGAAAUGUAAACAUUUGAAUUUAAAACAAAAGAGAACCAGUUCUGUUAAUGUAUACGGAUUAAGAAAUAGCCGAUACAGUUAAGCCGUUACUGUCCUAAAGAAUAAUCUUUGUUAAGUUGACCCAUCCAAUAAAUAGCACAUUUACCAAA